AUCUCUCAAUACAGGAGCCCAGUUUUUGGCUGAAGUGAACAGUGAAGGUCAAUUCUGUGUGUUGUGUUUUUAAUCUGAUUGAUUUCGUCUCUACAAUAUUUGGAUUAUUAUCAUCUUGCUUCAUCCGCCGGGUUGUCAUUGGAUCGAAAUAGGACCAGCGGCAAAAGGAGGAAAAUGUUAUUUGAUGCGCAAGCACCGCCUCAAACAUAUUUUAUCUGAGCUGACCAGAAGAAGAAAGUGACUAGAAGAGGAGUUUGGUGGUGUGUUUAAAAAAAUUAAGUGUCUCGUUGGAAUUAGUCGUCUAAACGACGACGUGAGAAACUCAUGCAAAAGACAGUGGGACUCACGCGGGUGGGAUCUGGACGGGCUUCGGCUGGUCGUGGUCAACGCAAUAAUUUCGGCUUUCAUCUAUCGAACGUCAGCUACGAUGGAAAAAUCGCCGGACUCUACGACUUGGAGGAAACCCUUGGUCGGGGCCAUUUUGCGGUCGUGAAACUUGCUCGACACGUUUUCACUGGCGAAAAAGUGGCCGUCAAAGUGAUUGACAAGACCAAGUUGGAUGAAAUAUCACGAGCGCAUCUCUUCCAGGAAGUGCGCUGUAUGAAGUUGGUCCAACAUCCGAAUGUCGUUCGUCUCUACGAAGUUAUCGACACGCAGACCAAACUUUAUCUCAUCCUGGAACUCGGCGAUGGUGGGGAUCUGUACGAUUACAUUAUGCGGCAUGAAAACGGGCUCGAUCAAGAGUCGGCACGACACUACUUUAGACAGGUGGUGCACGCCAUAUCGUACUGUCACCAGCUCCACGUGGUUCAUCGAGACCUCAAACCAGAAAAUGUGGUCUUCUUCGAGAAAUUGGGCAUGGUCAAAUUGACAGAUUUCGGUUUCUCCAACAAAUACAACCCUGGCCAAAAGCUAGAAACGUCUUGUGGAUCGUUGGCUUAUUCGGCACCUGAAAUUCUUUUGGGAGACUCUUACGAUGCGCCCGCAGUCGAUAUCUGGUCAUUGGGAGUCAUUCUUUACAUGUUGGUUUGUGGCCAUCCGCCUUUCCAGGAAGCCAAUGACAGCGAAACCUUGACCAUGAUCAUGGAUUGCAAAUACACGGUUCCACCUCACGUAUCGGAAGGCUGUCGUCGACUGAUUGGUCGAAUGCUCCAGCGUGAUCCGGCUAACCGCGCAACCCUUGAAGAGAUCGCCAACGAUCCUUGGCUACAAGAUGGUGCCGCAGCUUUGCCACCUGCACAUUACUUGCCGUUGGUGUCCCGUGAGCACCUCACAGAAGAUGAUCACGCCAUCAUAUUGCAAAAGAUGGUUAAUGGCAACAUCGCCACCAAGGAGGAAAUCCUAGACGCGCUAGACAAAGACGAGUACAACAAUAUCACGGCUACGUAUUUUCUGUUGGCUGAGCGCAAAUUGAGAGCCCAGCGACAAGAGCAAGCACAAAUGAUUAGCCGUCGACAACCUCCUCCUCCUCCCGCCCCUCCUCCCCCUUUAGAACCCGACCCAAAGGGGCAGUUGCCAUUCCAGGAAGAAAAAAUUGCUUACAAAACUAUACCAGUUUUUACCAGUCGAACAGUAAUGGAAGCUAUGCAGACCUCAAGUAUGGGUCGUCAGCGCAAGUACAGCGAUGUCGUUGAAGAGGAUGAAGCGACUGGGGGAAGUGGCAGUGAAUCGAGUCGACGAAGCCAAAGAUCUUCUAGCAACUCAUUGGCUAGCCAACGGACGUCCAAUACCUCUUUAGCUAGUCAGAGGGCAUCCAAUAAUUCUUUGGCAGGGAGCUUGAGAGCUCGUGGGCUAUUGGCCAACGUAUCCGCUCCUAUUCAAGCAGCCAUCAACAAGGGCCCAACUCGUUCGUCGGAAUUGCGACUUGAUUUUGUCGAAAAGAUGACACCGCAAGUCUCCAUUACAAAGUUGACAGCGACGAGCUCAAAGCCGCUAGAACCACAAAAAAGUGUCGAUCAGUUUAUGGAAGUUCCUGCGCCGUUUCCAACCACCUCCAACAUUGGCCUGGGCCUACGAAGUCCUCGAACCUCACCUCUAACGUCUCCUGUGACUGGCCAACGGAUUGGAAUCAUAGCCGGAUUAGGAUCCGGGCGGGCAACGCCAGCCUCCAUCUCUCCAACCUCACCUUCAACUACCCCAUCUUCACCUGGAUCAUCUCCCAACGUCAUGUCACCGACGGUCAACAGCAAGAGCCGCUCUACCUUACCCUCACCCAACCGCGUCUUACAUUCAGUUCGCAGUUCUCCUCAGCUGAUCCUCAACGAAAUCUUUGAGGAGGCCGAGAGCUGCAGUGAUAGCGAAUCGACCAGCAGGGGAGAAUCAGCAAUUGCUUCGGCCAAAUCACCUGGAUUGAGAAUUCGAACGACAUUAAACGGCCAUAGACAUCGGCCUUCUCAGUCUGGACGGGCAUCGUCCGCAGGCCCCAGUGUCCGCACCUCAACAUCUCCCCCUAGUUUGGUUAGGCGCUACGAACAAAGACGCCAAUUAGCCAAAGCUCGCACGGCGUCGUGUUCGUCAUCAGACGCCAGUGAUGACGAUAAUGAGGGGCGGAAGAAACGAGCGGAGAAACUCAAGACACUUCCACCGAGGAGGGAUUCCCACGACGACUCCAGUGACCCAGGUUGUGAUGGCCCUGGAGGUGGAAAUGAUGGUGCUGGAGUAUCUGGAGGUGGAGGGACAACUUCGAUGGAUAGUUAUACUCAACCUGGAUCGAGUUCCCAAACACCGAAGAAUUCCGAUAGUGGCAAUCAAAGUGGUGGAUCCUCAGGAGGACGGCGACAUUUGCAAACGAGUGAUGGCGUUGAUCAGCGCAAUCCCAGGUCUCGAUAUCGCAUUGUGGGUUCCUCCCACGGACGGAGAUAUACCAACGCAUGUUUUUCUCUGCUAAGCCCUGGACUUGGCAGCGAAACUCAUCUUCGAGUCUCACAAUCACUCAGCUGUUUGACAGAAGUCUGCGAAUCGCCCGAAAGCCCUCGUAUCACUACCAACACCCUGGAAGUGCCGCUUCCGUCGACAGUGGGAGCCCGAGUGGCCGCCAAAAGUUGCAGCAAUUUGGAGAAGAUUGAAGAAACGGUUUCGCUGGAUACAUCCCCAGAGUUGGUGCUCGUUUUACCUCCAUCGCCGUUAUUAACUAGUCAUCCAGCUUCCGAGAAAGGAUCUCUCGAUACCGUCAUCAUUCAAGAUGAUGUCAUGGAUACGGAGCCGGAGCCGCCACUCACGGGCUGUAGUUGUAGUUGCACCACUCCAGCCAGUGGCAAGAAACAUAAACGGCUCAAACAACUCUUUUCUCGUCGUGAAGGAACCAAUUCGUCAUUCAAGAGGUCAGAUAAACGCCCUUCCGGACGUAAAAGUCGUGGCCGAAGUAGUGGUGAAGAUGUUUCGAUGGAUGCUGACGGUAAACAGCCCGGAGCAGCAGAACCGGAUUCAACAGGUGAAGCAGCCAGCGAAGCUGGUCGAGGCAAAACGAUGAAUUUUCUACGAAGCCGACUGUACAAAGCCCGUUCACUGGGCUGUUUGGUUAAGGAAAGAAUUUUAGUUGAAGCAUCCCAUUGCCAGUACGAGUUAUGGAAACGAUUUGGUCGUAAAGGUGGCAUCCAUGUGGGUGUUGUGAGCCCCAGCGAUGUCAACAUGAACGGACCAACUCACUCGCCAACCCCGGCCAAACUUUCAACCGUCACCUCUUGUUCUUCGUCGGCUGAAUGUUCCACUCCAUCCCCACUUGCCGUCGUGCACAAUGUCACUCAGCACUGUACCUCGUGUUAAAAAAAAAAGAAAAUCUCGCCGUCAUCCACCUUUCGCCCCCGCCCACCUUUCCCUAGCUUUUGUUUAUAUCAUAAGAAUUUAUAUUGUGUUUGAAAGUUAUCGACUCCGCUAACGAGCGUCAAGGAAAGUACGAUUAAAAUUUUGUUGGUGUAAUUCAGAACAAGAAGAGAAAAGAGGAGGAAAGAAAAAUGGAUAUAGUCGCGCACGUAAUUUUCGUGUUUCGAUGUGUUCACACGCGCUCCCCCUUUCCAUUGCAAUCACUCGUCAGCUGGAACCAAUGCCAGUGAUAUAAAACAACACAAAAAAGAAACCAAAAUCAUUUUGCAAUUCAGAUUUUGUUGGUUGUGCAAAAAGUUUUUUAGAAAAAAUCUCUUGUCUGUUCGUUUUUCUUUUUUAAUUUGAAAAUUUUGUGUGCGUGUGUGCGCGCGUUCUUUACCGGACUGCUGGAACACUCGAGAUCUAUCCACGCUAAAUAUCUCCCAUCUUCCAACACGUUAAGUCAUCCUCUCUGUACAACUCCUCUCUCUCUCUCCUUUUUUUUAAAUAUUGAGUUUUCGACAAAUAUGCUUUCCUCUCCAAAGUCAAAAGUGAACUUUCAAAUUCCCACUUGAUUUUUUUUAAGUUAAAUGAAUCAAAAAACAAAAACAGAAAAAAAAGAACGUUGAAGUGAAAAAUUUAGUGUGGACACCACGAAACCAAAACCCAAUUUUUGUUGUUCUAUUCAUCAUCAUAGAGAAUAAUAAGCUGUAAUGUGUGUGUGUCUCCUUCCUAUUCCUAUAUCACCUCGCCCGGAAUAUCCAUCGCCGUAGAGUAUCUUAACGUUGUGUGUUUCUGUUUUAGCUUCACUAUAGACAUUAUAGAGAGAAAUAUUACUUUAAUAACUCCCGUC